GAUCAAAGGUGAAGUGGUGUGGGGAGGCAGACCAGGCCUGGAGCUCGCCAUGAGGCUGCCACUCCUCCUGUGUCUGCUGUGGGGCUCAGCAGCUGCACCCCCAGGCCCCCCGUGGCUCGAGCCCCUGUUCGGGCGCCUGGCAUCCCCUGGCUUCCCCGAGGACUAUGGCAACAACCAGGAACAGGUCUGGACGCUGACGGCGCCCCCCGGCUUCCGGCUACGCCUGUACUUCACCCACUUUCACCUGGAGCUGUCCUACCUGUGCGAGUACGACUUCGUCCAGCUGAGCGCAGGGACGGAGGUGCUGGCCCGGCUGUGUGGGCAGGAAAGCACCGACACUGAGCCAGCGCCGGGCAACCAGACCUUCCGUUCACCCGGCCAACGCAUGGACGUGACCUUCCGCUCCGACUACUCCAACGAAAAACCCUUCACCGGUUUCGAGGCCUUCUAUGUGGCUGAGGGUGAGCCCAGGCGCGAGGACACUGCAUGGGCCAACCUCAGGACCAGCAUCUAUCUAGGCCAUGACUCCCCCUACUCAGCCUCAGUCUAG